GGGGCGCGGCAAAAUGGCGGCGGGGGGCGCGGCGGAGGCCCAGGCGCGCUUCGGGCACUCGGUGAAGGGGCUGCUGACCGAGAAGGUGACGAGCUGCGGCACCGACGUGAUCGCCCUCACCAAGCAGGUGCUGAAGGGCUCCCGCAGCGCCGAGCUGCUGGGCCAGGCCGCCAGGAACAUGGUGAUGCAAGAGGACGCCAUCCUGCACUCCGAAGACGUAAGCUGUGUUUGUCUGCUGGGGCAGCCGCGGUUCUGUUGGGCGGCUGCUGUCGGAGGCAUUCAUUCUCGGUCUUGUUCUCCACAGAGUUUAAGGAAAAUGGCCAUAAUAACGACGCACCUGCAGUACCAGCAAGAAGCGAUUCAGAAGAACGUGGAGCAGUCAUCAAACCUGCGGGACCAGCUGAGUCACUUGCUGAAAUGAAGCCUAGCUGAAGGCAUCGGGCAUCUCCGCUGGCACUGAGCCAUCCUUUUCCUCCUGGGCCCGGGGCUCAGAUGUGUGUCUGGAUGGUGCUGGAUGCCAGCUGGGAUACAUGCAGAGCGCACAUUCCUGAGCGUGCAGGCACCUCUCAGGUGCUCCCAUCCACAUCUCUGUGUUCAGAACACUCUCCCGAUUCCUUACAUCUAACUGGAACCUUAGCAGAAACUUCAUUUCUACAACAGUUCCCGUGUUUUUUUUUUCUUCCCAUGUGCAAUGUGAGGUGCUCAGCCUGUGCCUCUACCUCAGCACCUGCGUUGUUCACCUGAUGGCCCUGUGUUUGAAAUGGUUUGUCAGCCCAGGAUGUGGCAUGUGCUGCCCAUCCAAAGCCUUCUGUCUACAGCAGGAUGAUUUUUCUUCCCAUCUCUGCUGGGCCAUUAGCUGUCUCCUGUAAGAUGAUGGAAUACUUACCUAAUGAUCUACAACAACUGUAGUGCUGGGAUUCUUAUAUAGUAUAAUUUCCCCCCCCGCCCUCCCAGUUAAGUAUGUAAAAUAGAGCUGAGGAUUUUACAUACAGAUACCUACAGCUUGAUACUGGACCUUAUUUAGACACAGAGAUGAUGGGUGCAGUUUAUUUAGGGCAUGUUAAUCAGUGGGAGCUGUAAGUGGCUGGGUGGGUGUAGAGGUGCUUCAGUGUGGACUGAGGUGCCUGUUGCAGAGCAGAAUUUGAGAAAGCACGAAUCUGGGCAGGCGCUGCUGUCCCUGAGCCAGCUGGACAUGGCCUGGUGAGCAUCCUGCUCUGAGGUUAUCUUCUUGCUAAGCCAGAAUUUGGAAUGUCAUCUCUUUGCCAGUGCAUCUGUGCUGCUUUUGGCCUUCAGUUGCAUUCCAGUUCUGGUUUGCUCCUCCAGUUCUUGAUUAAGCAGCCUUGGUAGUGCUGUGUAUCUGUCAGAUUGGGAAGGUGUCCAGAGACACGGCUGGGAUGUGGGCACUGAGGGGCAAAAGAAUGUCAGGAGCCAGCAUAUUCAGUUCUGCACUUAGUGACUGGGCUCCUGCUUGCUUCUCAGGUAGUGAAACGAGGUGCAAGCUAUAAAUACUAUGCCUCGUUUUUCUUGAGUCUCUUAUCUGGAGCACUUGGAGCACACUGGAAGCACUUGUUUGCCUGAGUGUGCUUUUCAUCAGCUGAUAGGACAAGAGCGUGGCUCAACGCGCCACAUUCCUGCAGCGUGGUUUUGCUGGUGUGCAGUGCCACGUGGCUCUGCCCUUUGCUGCUCCUCCAGAACCACUGCCUGCCUGCCUGCCCUCACCUUGCAGCACCCAAUCUAUGUUUCUGUUGAGGUGUCCAGUGGUACUGUUAGCACUGCGUUAGCUCUGCACUGUGCCUCUGCUCAAGAGGCAAGAACACAGCCAUGGAGGGCAUGGAGAGCUGCAGUGAUUUGCUUUGUUGUUAUAAAAGCUUGGUUUUCUACACCUUAA